UAAACCAGAAAGUUGAGUGAAACGUUUUCAAGUUAACAGCAACAUACAUCAUCAUGUGUGGGCAAGCUGGAAGUAAGAUAGCCGACAGCAACGAAGAGAUCGAAGAUGUAGAAGUAUUAUGGGAUAUGCUACAAAAAGGGGAAACGAAAUCCCUACUGAAGAAACAUCUGACAACCGAGGUGUAUGAAAAGCUAAAGGACAAGAAAACGUCUUUAGGAGGAACACUAGCUCAAUGUAUCAAUUCAGGGUGUAAAAACAUGCACAGCGGAGUAGGUCUAUAUGCCUGCGAUCCGGAGGCCUACUCCGUGUUUAAAGAAUUGUUUGAUCCGCUCAUCAUGGACUAUCACAAAAUUUCCAAGGUUCAACAUCCGAAACCAGACUUCGGAGACGUGGAUAAUCUUGAUUUCAGUGAUUUGGACCCAUCUGGAGAAGUUAUUGUUUCCACCCGAGUUCGAGUUGGGAGAAGUCACGCAGGAUAUCCUUUCCCGCCAGGAUCGAACGAACAGAAGCGUCGCGAGAUGGAGGCGAAUACAAUCAAAGCCCUGGAAAAGUUGGAUGGAGAGUUACAGGGCAAGUAUUUCUCACUUGAAACGAUGAAAAAAGAGGAAGAACAACAACUGGUGGCAGAUCACUUCCUCUUCAAGGACGACGACAAAUGUCUCCGAUCAGCAUGUGGCUACAACGACUGGCCAGCUGGCCGUGGAAUCUACUUCAGCAACGAUAAGAAGUUUCUCGUCUGGAUUAACGAAGAGGACCAUCUCCGCUUUAUCUCUAUGCAGAAAGGAGGUAACCUUGCCGAAGUCUGGAAGAGACUUGUUAAGGCCAUUAAAGUGCUCGAGGAGAACCUGACGUUUGCACGGGACGAUGGCCAUGGCUACCUCACGUUCUGUCCUACCAAUCUUGGCACUACGUGCAGGGCUAGUGUCCACAUCAAAGUGCCGAAGUUGUCCAAAGCUCCACGUGAAAAUGGGGAACCGGGAUCUCGUCUGGAUGAAGUGUGUGAAAAGUUCAAUCUUCAGCCAAGAGGUAUCCAUGGAGAACACACGGAGAGUGUGGGAGGAGUGUAUGACAUCUCCAACAAGAGGCGAAUGGGUCUGACGGAAAUUGAGGCUCUCAUGGAAAUGAAGAACGGUAUUUUGGAAAUUAUGACCAUAGAGAAAGAACUGGAAUAAGCCAUAUUGACGCAAAUUCACCUUAAAACUGAUUUGAUUAUAUAUCUGUUAUGACGACAACUACUGUUGGCCUUCGUUCUGAAUUUCGCCAACAACACGGGGGACAUCUAAUAACGUUAUCUGUGAUAGUACUUUCAUUCUAAUAACAUAUAAAAAUAGAGACAAAGGAAAGAAGAAAUUCUCGAAACGGUGUUUGAAUACGUGUGUGAACUGGAAUUCUAACAUCUGACAUUAGUAAUAGAUAAUGACUUCGUGAUUCUGCCGAAGUUUUGAUUGGUAUAAACCCAAUCUCUCUGUGUACGGAAGCUGAGUGAAUAUAGAUAAAACUCUAUGUAUUAACAUGAAGCCAGUAUGGAAGACAGCUGUAAAUAUUUGUAUUCAGUACUAUAUUAUUGUUUGUGUGCGCUAAAGAGACCCGUUGUUGUAAGUUCACGGGUCAGAGGAGCAUACGGGGUCCGACUGUGUGUUGUGCUAUAAACAAAUCUUUUCCUUUACAAUGGUGCCAAAUGAAAACGUCAUUUUAGAAGUAGAUUUCACAACAUUCCCAACAUUACUUUUCACAAAGCAUGUUGAUGUCAUGUGUUACGCUACUGGUGUGAUAUGGACCAGCACACAUAGAUAGUCCGCUGGAGAGGAAGCGCACGACUUCCAUGCUAAUUAUGCAGCGAAACAGGAAGUCGGGGUGCGCACGUCUGGAUGAAUAUGGUUUCAUGGGCACUGACCGGAUGACUUUGAUAUCUAAUAUCCAUGCAUGUUUUUCAACAACAAAACAUUGAUUUUGUUGUUAAUUAGCAGAUGAUAGAUGGCAGUCAUUCGUCAGAUUGAAUAAUUAAAAACUGUAAAGUUUAAUGAAUGGGAUUGUUUUUAGAAUAUGUUGUGUUAUAUACAACGCUUGAGUUUGAAGAAUCCCAAUGUUAAUCAAUAUUUGACUAAUCCAAAACAUAUAUAUCCAUCACGUUAUAUAGUUACAGUGUCAGAUACCGGACCUAAUCAUGCUUAUCGCCACCUGGCGAGUAAUUGGAGAAAUAACUACGUAUAUCGGAAGUCCCCCCCCCCCCAUUCAUAAGUUUAAUUCUAUUACGCAAAGUGUAGAUUUAUAAUCUUAAUGGAAAUUCAGUCAGAUGGAUAUUUAUUUGUAAACAAAGAUUUUAAACGAUGUUGUGUAUCAAUAAAGAAAUUUGUUUAAAUAUGA